AUGUCAGACAUGGAAGAUGUUUUGGAUAGGCAAGAGCGAGAAAGGCGAGCAAGAAUGCGCAGAAGAGCUGCAAGCAAAAGGGCGCAGAGAGAACUAGAUGAGCAACUUGGUGUGGCCGUUGCUUUGAUGGAGGAAGAAAACCAGAGCCGUCGUGGUUCACGAGAAGGCCGGGCAUCGAAUGUGGACAGACAUAGACAUUCUCGGAAUAAUUUGGAAUUUCUUACAAUUCUUCACCACCUCCCAACAAUGGGUAUGGUUGAAGCUUUUUUUUCCUUGCCCAGUAGCACCAAAAAACAUUUGUGCUUGUAUAGUCUAUAA